AUUUUUAUAAUAAUGAGAUAUUAAAGUUAAUAAGAAUAAUUAUUCAAAACGAAUAAUAAAAUGUCUAAAACUAAAUCACGUUCAAAUACAGACAUUUGUGCUGAUUGUGGAUCGACAGAACCAAUAUGGGCGUCUAUAAAUCGUGGUAUACUUAUUUGCUCGGAAUGUUGUAUUGUUCAUCGUAGUUUAGGACGACAUAUAUCUCAAAUUAAGUCACUUGAUAAGUCAUUUUGGUAUCCUUCACAAUUAUCAAUGGUUAUUGCAUUGAACAAAGCUGGCGCAAAUAAUAUAUGGGAGUAUUCGUUACCGUCGACACCAUCCAAGUUAAAUAAUAAGAAACCGAAACCAAAGGAUUCUUUAUUAAGUACAAAAACAGAAUUUAUUCGUUCAAAACAUGCCCGUUCAACAUGGACUAUACGACCACCAAAACCUACAGGCUUAAACGAAGUUGCAAACGAUCUAAACCAGAAUCUCCACGCUAGCGCACGUUCAUCAAAUUUACAUACGAGUCUUCGAUUACUAGUACAAGGAGCUGAUCCAAAUUAUUUUCACGACGAAAAAGGAUCAACACCCUUACAUGUAGCAGCAAAAGCUAAUCAAAUAGCACAAGCUGAAUUACUUUUAGUCUACGGUGCGGAUCCAUGUAAUCCCGAUGCGUUGGGACGUAACGCUGUUGAAACGGCUCGUCAAGCUGGUAAUAUUGAAUUGGCGGAUCGUUUAUUCGAAGCGUGUUUCGAAUUAACGGAUCGCUUGUCAUAUUUUUUAUGUGGAAAAUUUCCUGAUCAUAAAGCUGGUCAACAUAUACUUGUACCAGAAAUUAAAGGAGUCGACACAAAUGUUUUGAGUCGAUCUAAAUUACAAAUGCUUCCUAAUCGUUUAUUUGAAGAAAUAGCAAUGGAUGUAUUUGAUGAGAUCGAUCGUAGAGAAAUUGAAGCCAUUUGGCAAAAUACACCAAAUGCAAUAAAUUAUGGUGCUGUACCAUUUUUACCAGUCCAUUCUGAAUAUAGUACAACACGUAAUCAAGCUCGGCAAAAAUUAGCACGUCUAGAAAGUAAAGAAUUUAAUACCGUGGUACUCGAUAUUUUAAUGGAUGCACGACGGCGUCAACAUUUAAGUCGAUUAUAUGGUAUUCAAGAUCCAUCAAUAAAUUUAUUUAAAAAAGAUGAAUUACGUCAUGUGUCGCAAAUAUCCGAUGAUGAACCGCUUUACGAUUCUGUUGCAUCAGACGAUGAUUACGCUGCACUGACUCCAAUAAUGAUUACAGAAAAAAAAUCAACAAGUUUACCAUCUCCAAAUUCUAACGUUGGCAUAUCACGUCUUGCAUCAAAUUCUCCACCUUCAUCGUCGUCAUCGAAUAACGUCCGCCAAAGAUUAUCAACAUCCGAUCCACAAUUUAUUAACGAUACAACUAAUGAUAAUCAAUUAUUUGAUCGUUUACGACAAUCUGAUUGUACAAUUGCUGAAUUACGUGAAGAAGUCAAUGCAUUACGUACAUUAGUGGAACGUUUGAGUUUGGAAAAUUGUGAUCUACGUUCGAAAUUAACGUCAACAUCAAUUGAUAAUAGUGGAAUAGAACUCAGAACAACUGAAGAUAAACCUAUAGGAAAUGGACAUGCAAUGGAAAUGGAACCUGUGCAAGAUAUUCGGCAAGUUGGACAUAAAACGACACAACGUCCAGCAAGUAUGUACGAAGCUCGAGAUCGUGAUUGGCAAACGGUAAAAAAUCAGCGAGAAGAAACAUCUCGUCCCGCCAUAACUCAAAGUCUAUAUCAAUGCUCAAAGUCAACAAGUGCAAGUGGCCAACCAUUAUUUGAGGAAAUUUCACGUCGUACCAAUCAAGUAACACGUCGUAUCCAAGAGCUUUGGAGUUGUAUGCAAAAUUCUGAAUAUAAAGAUGGUGCAAUACCCUGUGCAGAACGUAUUCGCGUCGCUGUGGCCGAAUUAACCGCUGUAAUACCACAAAAUCGUGACGAUGAAGUUGUACGAACUGCACUACGACAAUUAAUCACAGGCACAGCACGGUUACAGGUUGAAUGUGCUGGUUUACAUCGAGCAAGCAGUUUAAAUCAGUCUUCACAAACAGAAACUUAUUUACAUUUAGUACGAACUUGCGCGUAUGAUAUAGCUAAGGCUACGAAACUACUUGUUACAAAAUUUGAGAAUCAAGGUUAGUUUAGUUUAGUAACAAUUUUGAGGGCAAAAUAAAAUAUUUAUUGAGAGAAUAACCUCGGAUUAAACAAAUAUUUAACACAACUAAGAGCCGAUGAUCUUUAAACAGCUGAAUCGUUUUCCAUCUAACAAAUCCAAAUUCCACCAAUCUUCAAAAAACUGCAUAGUAAUUCCCUUUAAAACAACUUUAGGUAUAAAGGGACGGACGGAUAUUUGCACUUAUGUACCGUAGGUUUAUCUCUCAAAAACUAAAUGAUAUUAUUUAGAGAAUUUUUUAAAUAAAUGAACGAAAUCCUUUUUCUUGCUUCAAAUCCUCUUGUGCAAUGAUGAGCUACUUUUAAAUAAUGAUGCGAUUC